GUCGACGUCAGCGCUGCAUUAGCCUUACGCAACCUACAGCAGCUAUGCUGCAACCAGCGCUCGCCUCCCGCAUGCUGCUUGCGCUACGCGCUUCGGCAUCUCCAUUCGCGCUUGCGCAACACUCUUCCUCGCUCGCAGCUGGCCAACGACUAGGCGCCAGCGUCGCGUCCAUGUCCUCCAACGCGACGCCUCCUCCUGACGCCAACCGGAUGGGCACGGCGGACCUGACUGAUAAGUACCUGCCCGACCCCGUUGACAAGGUGUGCCAUCGCCAAAUUCAAGUGGUCUCGCCUACCGCGGGCUUCAGGGACUUCGGCGGCAAGCUGCGCUUCAGCGGGCAGGUGUCCACUGUGCGCUGCUACGAGAACAACCCGCUCGUGCGCAAGGCGCUGGAGGAGCCGGGCAUGGGCCGUGUACUGGUGGUGGACGGCGGAGCCUCCAUGCGCUGCGCGCUGCUUGGCGACAUGCUGGCGGAGAGCGGCGUCAAGAACGGCUGGGCCGGCAUCAUCGUCAACGGCUGCAUCCGCGACUCGGCUGACAUCGCCAAGAUGGCCCUGGGCGUGAAAGCGCUGGGCACGCACCCGCUCAAGUCCAGCAAGCGAGACCCCGGCCUGCGGGAUGUGCUGGUGGCCUUUGGCGGCGUGGCCAUUGCCCCCGGCGACUGGGUGUAUGCCGACGCCGACGGCAUCCUAGUGUCCAAGGAGCAGCUCACACUAUGAUGUUGAUGAUGAUGUUGAUGGUGAUGAUAAUGAUGAUCCGCUGAUUGGGCGGCCGCUCACCGGUUUUAGGGGAGGUUGACAAUCAAGUUGAUUGACCCGCUACUGAACAUCUGCUGUUGCCGACCCGUCCCGAGGUGUAAGUAGGUUGCAAAGCGUUUGUGUUUGGGGUGCCUGCAUGCACGAGUUGCAUGCAUACAUGCCUGCAUGGUGAGUGCGAGCUGCAGCUCCGCGGGUGAAAGCGGUGGGGGGACUGACGCGCUCGAGACACUGGUGCUGCGAGCGUAGGACAAGGAGGAGGAGGAAAAGGAGAAGGGGGAGGGGCUGGGGGAUGAAGCAGUUUCGGGAUGGUGUUGAGGCUCAGUGCUGCUGCUGAGAGUUGCAGCCAUAUGAGCAUAAGGGGCGUGUGUGAGAGGCGGUGUGUGGCCCAGGGGUGCGGCAAGGACCUGGCGAGUGAUGUCAUGCAUGAGGAGAGACGACUCGGCAGUUGCUCGGCUUGGCAUAGCUCAUUCCGGUAUGUAUGAAGGCUACGAGGAAAGAGCAACACGCACGCGACGCGGCCAAAUGCAUGACAUCGCGCUGGCGAUCAGGUCCGCUGACGUGCAGACAGCCUUGUUAACACUUGGAAUACAAC